UGUACACGCUCGGUAUUUCCCCUACUUUCGAUUUAGAAUAUAAAUUACGCGUAGGCGAUUUUAUUUCACUGCGUGUGAACUUGUAAAAAAGAUGUAUAUUUCUCAUUUUUGGAGAAAAAAGCCGUAAUAGAGGAAUAUGUGUAUUGCAGAGACUGUUAAGAACCACGGUGUGAAAAGCUUUUGGUGAUACUUAAGAAUAAUAAUAACACAACGUAUAGCUGUAAUCGCGUGUGGAUGGUGAUGUGCAAACAUGGUCAUAACAUAGUAUGUAGCUAUUAUAUCAGAUGUAGCUAUUAUAUCAGCGGAACUAGCAGCUUUACAUGGUUCAAAACGUAGUUACAUUUGUUCUGUAACACAGUCGAUCGAUAUUCUGAUGUGUAUGCACAUGCCAGGUAUUUUUUCCUUCUUUCGAUUUAGCAUGUAAAUAUACGGAGGAGAAUUCGUUAGACGUUGCACAAAAAUGUCUGUCAAACCGUACUUAUGCGGUCAAUGUUUGGAGGAGAAAGGCGAAAUAGAGGCCGCUGUGUAUUGUAAAGAAUGUGAAGAACCACUUUGUGGCAAUUGUAAACAGGAUCAUGCCAGGAUAAAGGCUUUAAAACACCACAAGUUGUGUGACCUUUCGGAUGUGCCUCCCCAGGAUAUACAGGAAUUUCUGAAGAGAUUGAUUACAUGUCCGAAUCACGAAACAGAAGGGGUAGUAUACCUUUGUAAAGACCACGAUGUCACAUGCUGUAAUAAGUGUGCUUUGGCUGAGCACAGAAAGUGCGAGACACUAAAGGUACUGGCUGAUAUCUUGCAUGAUAUAAAAGUGGAUUGUACCGGAUUGAAGACAAUCUUGCAUGACUUGCAACAGCAAGGUGAGAGUCUGUUGGAACAUGAACGCAAACAUGAGGAAUUGGUAUCUGAAAUAGAAAGAAAAGCAUUGUCAUCACUUCAAACUAUAAAACAGAAACUCUUAAACAUGUAUGCGGAACUUGAGAAUGAAGUGGUAUCAACUAUUGCUGAUAAGAAGAAAGUGAUAGGAGAAAAAAUAAAAUCAAACAACGAAAAUUCACGCCAGUUUUUGAAUGUCGUCAAACAGCAGUUUUCUCAUAUUGACCACGUUGAAAGAUUUGGAACUAAUGAACACGUUGUUCUCCUGCAGCGCCGCCUUGAAAAGGAUACGGUAUGUCGUCUGAAAUCAACCGUUGGUGAAUUGGAGAAAAGUAGAAGCAACUCUAGCUUUAAAUGUGUGGAAGAUACCGCUUUCGAUAGUUUACUGAUAGAAAUGAAGAAUUCCUUGCGAAUUAAAGACUUCGCUUCUGAUCUAAGCGAAAAAGGCUCCGAUACCGAUAACAGUCAUUAUAAGCCAUACACGGAGCGAAUGCCACAUCUUCAAUCUACAAAAGAUUUAAGUAGUAUACCCAUGUUUGACAAGAAUGAAGAAUUCAUCCCUAGAGCAUGCAUAUGGAUAGAUGAGUACAUUGUAAUAUAUUUUUGCGGAAAAGAUGUGUUACUAGUGAUUAAGGAAGACAGCGAUUGUGUAUUAUCAAAAUUUAAGUGUUACUCUUCGUCUGCGUCAGUUUCGAAAACAGGUCCAAGGGACAUGGUUAUUAGUAUGCCAUAUCAGAGCAAAAUUGCAUUUGCACAACUACGUCAUGGAAAUGUGCACGUUGUAGCAGAACUCAAAACAAGAGUCCCGUAUGACCAUGUUACUAGAAAUGCCCCACUAAACCAGUACAUAUGUAUGUCAAAUAGCCAGGGGCAGAUCGACAUUCUUAAUAAUGACGGAACGUUGCUUCGUGAAAUCAAUAUAAGCUCAGACAUAAAAGAGUGUGCACUAUCGAUAUUAAGUUGGUGUAAUUUUAAUUCGCAUAACCUUGUGUUAAUAAUUUCAAAUGGUUUGAAUGAAACAUUAAUGGCAUUGAAUUUAAAUGGAGAGAAAGUAUUUGAAUAUAAACACCAAGAUCUACUUGGCAUAAAUCAAAUUGCCACUUCCGUAUCUUUUGAUCCUUGUGGUAAUAUGUAUUUGACAUCCUAUCGCAGCAUACAUCAAAUCAGUCCUAGUGGACAACAUAUCAGGUCUCUCCCUUUAGGGAAAGAAACAAAAUAUCCGUCUGGUAUAUGUUUCAAUAACACGUUUGAUAAAAUAGCUUUGGUUGGUGGAGGUGGAGACCUCGAUCCAUAUCUGAGAGUGUAUACAUUUACUUGAUCAAUGUCAUGGCUUAUAUCUAUAAUUAACAUUCAAAUAAUUCAAAUAGAAAGGUUAGUCGAACCCCACGAUAUUUCGAACGCAUAAACCCAUGUACCUUAAAAUGUAUGCGUGCUUUGCAAUGUGCAUUUUAAUGUAUUGGAAUAAGUUAAUAUAUUUCGUUUUUUUUUAAUAAUAUCCAAUUGCAAGCUGUUGCACCAGUUUGAGAUUCUGUUUUAUAGUCUUAGUGAAUUGAUAAUGAAUUACAGCAUACAUAAAAAAUGUUUUUUUUGUAUGUUCAGACCUUUGCCUGCAUUCUUUUGCGAUGUGUUCUGAUAAAAGUAAUUACAUAUUCUAGUAAGGGACCACAACAUACUAGUAUCUGUAUUGAGUUUUGUGCGUAUAUAUGUUUGGUAUGUUACUACACGUAUUACAUAAGCGUACAUUCAGGUUAUUUAUACAAAUUAAUUUCACAUACUAAAAACUAGUUAAUAUGAAUGUUUGAAUAAAUGUUUGUUUAUUUUCUCAUAGCCAAACAUCUAACCUGUUCUAUAUUCACAGAUAUGUGUACUUCUUGUUGUCCGUCAUUCACUAUCUCAACAUGAUAAAUGAAAAUGAGAUAGCAAAAUUUCACGCACA